AACCGCCAUUAAGAAGCCUUCCUCAACCCCCCCUCUCUCUUCUUCCCCAAAUUUCCCUUUCUUCAGUUUCCCUUUCUGAUCCGAUGCUCCACAGUACUCAUGUCUCCAAUCUUCACUGAUUCUGGGUUCAUCAUAAACUCAACCCUUCGCCGCCGGACCCAUUUAGUUCAAUCCUUCUCCGUCGUCUUCCUUUAUUGGUUCUAUGUCUUCUCGUGAUUAAUUAAUUCAUUAAUCUAACCACACAACCAUAGAAUUUCAAUUAAUUAAUAAUCGUGCCUGGGUCGUACGUACGUCCUCUCUCUGUAAUUUCAAUUGUUAAUUUUUGUUGCGAUCUGUUUUAAUUAAUCCAUGGCUUCUUCAAGUGGGGGUUCGUCCGGGUCGGGCAAUGGCGGCCGCCGGAGCUCAGGGUCGGAAGAGGAUCAGGAGGCGGAGAGGAAGCGGAGGAGAAUGCAGUCGAAUCGGGAAUCGGCGCGCCGGUCUCGGCUGCGGAAGCAGAAGCAUCUGGACGAUCUGACGGCGCAGAUUACUCGGCUGAUGAACCACAAGAAUCAGAUCGUGGCCAAUAUGAACGCCGCCGCCAAUCUUUGCGUCAGCUUGGAGACGGAGAACUCCAUCCUCCGGGCUCAGAUGACGGAGCUCACCCACAGACUGCAGUAUCUAAACGACAUAGUAACAUUUGUGGAAUCGAUGACGGCGGGUGGCGAUUUUGGUAAUAAUGGUUUUGACGAGGAAGAUUAUUAUCCUUGGGAUUCUCCAUUCGCGAAUGAGUAUUGAAUGCGCUGUCAAGUGCCUUAUCAACAUCUGAUUUGAUUGGUUGAUUAUAUCUCUAAAUUGAGUUGGUUGCUAUCAUUGAUCGUCUUUUAGACUAAAAUUUCCUGUGUUCUUUGAAAUGAUGAGAUUAUAACUCGAUCAGGACUAUCUUCUAUUUGAAUAGAACGUAUGUUUAACAAAUUUGUUAUGUAGUAUGAUUGGCAUUGGCGAAUUCAUAUCAUUAUUGUACUUUCCUAUGGGAUAGGAAAUUUGUUCAGACCUCCAGGAAUGCCUAGUUCACCAUGUACGAAGAUUGUUUGGACUGCCUCUAUUUCUUGUAUUUGAAGAAAAUGUAGUUGUAUUUUAUUGAGAGAUAA